CCUCAAAGUUUGACUUCUCUUCUCUUUCUCUCCUUCUCUCUAAAUCUGAUUAGAGCUGGGUUCUUCAUCUUUGCUUUCAAAGUUUCAAGGAUUCUUUUUAGUUUCUCUAACAUAGGCUUAUAAUUGUAUAGUUUCAGUCAUUUCAUUUAAGGUUUCUUGAGUCUACAUAGUUUUCAGUUCAGAUCUAUAUAAUAGUGGUUCUUGAUUUGUUAAGCUUCUUUGCUUCUCGAAUCUCGAUAGGUCUUGGCCUUGCAAAAUGAUUUCCUUGAAAACAAAGAAAAACUGGAAGUAGGGCUCCUUAUAGUUCAAACGAGAGUUCAGCGGGGUAAAGAAAAGCUGCUAAGCUAUGGAUACCAUAAGCCCUAAUCCUUGUAUUGAAAAAGGACUUGGUAAUAUGGCUUGCAUAUCUCAGGAGCUUUAACUUACCCUUUAAUUGCUUUUACUCUUCUUUGGAUUGAAGGGAGCUCUACAUCUUCAUUCACUUUAUCUAUAUCUAUUUCUCUAUAGUAAUUAAUGAAUUCAGUGUUGAUUUUGAUUACUUUUGCAAUGACAAGCAUUCGUCUUGAGGAGUAUUUUCGUGGUGAUGGUUUUGACUUUUGAUCCUUAAGUAAUGUAUGCUGAGGUGUUUAAUUGAUUUUCUUGCUUGUGUAACUAGGGUUUAUGUAAAUGCUUCGGUAAUAUGCGAAGAUCCAUAUUUACACGCAAUAACUUUCUCUAAUUGUUUCGAAAAGAAACUUCCUAUAUCACAUCAGAUAUUUGGUAUAGGUACUCUUUAAUUUAUUUUGGAGAUUCGUAUCAUUUUGUAUGACUGUUAACUGUGUAUUAAUUACAUAAAAAUAGAUCAACAAGUUAGAGAACAUUAACUUGACAACCAUACCCAAAAACUUACACUGUAAAUUUCUAAAAGAAAAAGGAAUUAUAACAUGGUAAGGUCCACUUGUUAACUUUUACUAUGUACAUGGGAGUCGCAACGGUACAACGAAUCUUUUUAGCUUGACCAUACCCAAAAAUCUUUUUCUCAAGUCCCCAGUAGACAAAGUGAAACAGUAGAAUACCAUUGCAACCUUUACUAAAAUGUGGAGAUAACCCCUUGUACUUAAUAUCGGUUUCACUUAACGUAUUAUAUCAAACUCAAAUGUCAAGGCACAAUAACUUUCUAAAACACUUAGAAUAGCAACCCAAAAACUGAAUUUGUAUGACAACAAAAAUAUUGAAAAUUGACAAUGGUAAGUUUUUUUUGUUUUUUCAAGCUUUAUCAUACAUUCAUACUAAAAAGUAGGAACUUAAAUAGUAUAUCUUAAUUUGUACCUAUUUUAUAACCAAAACAUAAGUAAAAUAUAAAAAAUGAAUAUCAACCGUGAUCAUUUAAAAUCAAAUGAAAAAUAAACAUAUUUAUUGAUAGAAAGAAAAAACAAAUAAAUGAAAGCAUAAAACGAAAACCAAGUUUUCAUGAAAUGAGAAAUAUUGUUCAAUGAAAACAAAACCAAAAUCUAAAAACUUCAAUCUUCAACCAUCCAUACCAUCAAUCUUCAUGUAAUAAAUAAUUAUUUUAUAUAUUCAAUAUAUCUUAGUGUAUUUUCGAUGUAUAUUAGGAAUUGAGAUCAUGUUUGGUACAAGAUAUUUUUAGAGUUUUGAAUGUUUCGAGUUCUGUCGGAUACCCAUUUACGUUCUGGUUCAGUUCGGAUAAUACCCAUAAUCUGAAAUACAUAAAGCAAGAUUCAUUCGGGAAUUAAGUCGGGUUCGAAUUGAUUCAGAUUCAUUUUUAUCGUAUUGUGUUCGGUUUAGAUUUAUCGUAAUGUGUUCGGUUUAGAUUUUGCCGGUUCUGAGAUUUUGGAGGUCUGUUACAAUGUCUAUAUAAAAAAAAAUUCAGAGAUUUGUUGCAAAUAUUUCAAUACGCAUGACUUAGGACCGGUCCUGAAUAUGGAGGCAUUGGUCGCUAAUAAAUGCUUUUAUUAAAUUAUUUUUAAGUACAUCUAUGUUGUCGUAUAAAAGAUUAACAUAUCUUAUUUUAGGAAGAAUUAAUAUACCCUAUUUUAAAUCAUUCCACUUCUAUAAUAGAGAUCUCUAUUUUAGAGAAAAAUAUAGAGGUGUACAUCAUCGAGUUCCUUACUCGCUAACGGAAGAGUUCGUUAGUGUCUACAGGAUGCAUUGUCUUCUACCAGACACAUUAGUCCUCCGAAAUAUGAGAUCUCAGAAUGUAGACAAAGCAAUAGAACGAGAGUAAGACACCUUGAACGUUUUGGUACACUUUUUAGAAACUUGUUAAACCUAGAAAGAUGUUUUGAACAGGGCACUGAUGACGGAAUUGAUUGGGAAAAAAGAGAGGAAAAAGGGUUCAAGAAUAGGGGUUGAGUGUUUCAAUGGGACACCAAUCUUGUGGUGCAUUGACAUUGUGGAAUUACCCUAAUUGGAUGAGGAACCUUGUGGCUCAAGAUAUUGAUGGAGAAGAUAGACCUAACCUUAUAGAUAUGGCUGCCUUGGAGAUUUACAGAGAUAGGGAGAGAGGAGUUCCUCGAUACAAUGGGUUCAGAAAGAAUCUGCUGAUGAGUCCAAUCAGCAAAUGGGAAGAUCUAACAGAUGAUGAAGAAGCUAUCAAGGUUUUAAAGGAAGUGUACGAAGGCAAUAUAGACAAGCUUGACCUGAAUGUGGGAUUGCACGCAGAGAAGAUGAUCAGAGGAUUUUCCAUUAGCGAAACUGCUUUCUUCAUCUUCCUCCUCGUUGCCUCCAGGAGGUUAGAAGCAGACAUGUUUUUCACGACGAACUUCAACGAGAAGACGUAUACUAAAGAAGGGUUAGAGUGGGUUAACGCAACAGAGAGUUUAAAGGAUGUAAUAGACCGAGCUUAACGAACAAGUGGAUGCGAUGUAAGAGCGCUUUCUCGGUCUGAAGCUCAGAUCCUGAUCCAACCAAUUGGCUUCCUUUUACCUCCGGUCCGCACCAUAAGCCGUUAGAUGUCACGUGGUACAUGUGUGUAUGUGUCACGUGGUUAGUUCCUUGGUCUAUCUUUUGGGUGGGGGACUUGGGAUUGUGUAAGAUCGUACGUUUAUGAAUAAAUCAUAUGAGAGUAGAAGAGGUUUAAUCAUUACUCAUUAGUGUGUUUGCUUUAUGAAAACAACUACCUCUGUUUCUCGGUGUAGAACUUAACUACAAUUAUUCAAUAGUUUUUUUU